AUGGCUGCAAGAGUGCUGAUGCAACGGCGCUCCCUAGCGCCGUUGGCCACAAUCGCGCUCGGUGGAUUGGCUUUCGCCCCUGCGACUGUCCUGGCCGAAGGACCUGUGGACAAGAAGAAACCAAUCUACGACGACCUCGACGCCCCGUCCGCAAAUGACGCACCCGCCCCAGCCGCCCCCAUCAAGGCUCUCCAAUUCUCAAAGCCUCCCGCCGAAGAAGAGCCCAAGAAGGAAAAGAAGCCACGAGGCCCCUCGCCGACGGACCGCCUCGCCGUCCACAUCGGCAAAGCCCGCAUGGCCCUGUAUCGCUUCGCCGUCUGCACCGAAAACAAGGUCAACGAGACCAUGGACUCUGCCUUCAACCUCGAGCAGUCCUUCACCAACACGAUUGCCUCGCUCGCACCCUCCCGCGAGUCCGGCGAGAAGCUCAUGCCCGGCACCAUCUACGUGCUGGUCGCAGCCAUGGCCGGCAGCAUCCUCACGCGCAACCGCAACAUCUUGCUGAGGAGCACCGUGCCGCUGGCGUUUGGUGUUGGCGCCGGAUGGACAGUCUUGCCCGUGACCAUGAGGAAUAUCUCUGAUUUGUCGUGGAAGUAUGAGCAACGAUUCCCGGCUGUCGCGGAGACGCAUGUCAAUAUUCGUGAGGGUCUUAGGAGGGGCAUUAGCUUUGCAAAAGUACAUAGUCAGGUCGGUGUACAGUAUGUGGAUGACAAGGUCACGGACGCCAGGGAAGCAGUAGAGGGCUGGGUGAAGCAAGGAAAAUAG